CCUACUACUUGCAAGUUGCAAGGCUUUAUGUGAAAGAGAGAGAGAGAGAGAGAGAGAGAGAGGGGUGGGAUUCACAUUCACAUGGAGAUGCCUUGGUGCUGGGGCCUCCACUCAUCCAGCCGACAAUUAUGAACAGAUGAAGCACCUUUAGUCAUCAAACAGCAAAGAAAACAAGAAGUCGUAUUAUUCUCCGCCUCUUCCUCCGUCGUCUCCCCGCCGGAAACUUUAUGGCCGACGACAAGGAGGUGUCUGCCUCAGUUGUUAAUACGAAUAAUGCAGUCACAGGUCACAUCAUUUCCACAACCAUUGGUGGCAAAAAUGGAGAAGCCAAACAGACCAUCAGCUACAUGGCAGAGCGUGUUCUUGGGACAGGAUCAUUUGGAGUUGUUUUUCAGGCAAAAUGCUUGGAAACUGGGGAAACUGUGGCAAUAAAGAAAGUUUUGCAAGACAAGAGAUACAAGAACCGCGAACUGCAAUUGAUGAGAAUGAUGAAUCAUCCUAACAUUGUUUCUUUGAAGCAUUGUUUCUUCUCUACUACGAGUAAAGACGAGCUUUUUCUCAACUUAGUCAUGGAUUAUGUCCCUGAGUCCAUGUAUCAUGUUCUGAAACGUUAUAGCAAUCAGAACCAGAGUAUGCCUCUCAUCUAUGUGAAACUAUACAUUUACCAGAUUUUCAGGGGGCUGGCAUAUAUGCACGAUGUUCAAGGAGUUUGUCACAGGGAUUUGAAACCUCAGAAUGUUCUGGUUGAUCCUGUUUCUCACCAUGUCAAGAUUUGUGAUUUUGGAAGUGCAAAAAUGCUGGUGACGAGUGAGGCAAACAUAUCAUAUAUAUGCUCACGUUACUAUCGGGCCCCAGAACUCAUAUUUGGGGCCACAGAAUAUACAACUUCAAUUGAUAUUUGGUCUGCUGGAUGUGUUCUUGCUGAGCUUCUUUUAGGCCAGCCAUUGUUCCCCGGAGAAAAUGCAGUGGGCCAGCUUGUGGAGAUUAUAAAGGUUCUUGGUACACCAACUCGGGAAGAAAUUCGUUGUAUGAAUCCAAACUACAGUGAUUUUAGGUUUCCACAAAUAAAGGCUCAUCCUUGGCACAAGGUUUUUCACAAACAUAUGCCUCCUGAAGCAAUUGAUCUUGCUUCACGUCUGCUACAGUACUCACCAAGUCUUCGGUGCACUGCACUAGAGGCAUGUGCACAUCCCUUUUUUGAUGAGCUUCGAGAACCCUAUGCCCGACUACCUAAUGGUCGCCCAUUACCUCUUCUUCUCAACUUUAAAGAGGAGUUGUUGGGAGCUUCUCCAGAACUUAUUAGCAGGUUGAUACCGGAGCAUGCCAGACGGCAAAUGGAUCUAAAUCUCUUCCCUCCAGGCACAUGACAUGGCAAAUUGGUUUCUGCUGAUCGACGAUGAGACACAGGGGCAUCUGUACAGCCCUGCAAUCGCCCCCGACAAGCAGGAUUUCGUUUGGGCAUCUGAAUGGCUGCACCAGUUGAGAUGAUGCUUUUAUUUGCCCCUUUCUCCUGUAUAUCAGCACCCCAAAGGAAGGAAGGAAACAACCAACAAUUUCAAGCCACAGAAGAAGAAGAAGAAGAAGAAGAAGAGGAGGAGGAGGAAAUCUGUACUGUGACUAGUGUCUAUAUGUGCUUUUUUUUUUUGGCUGUUUUGCUAGUAAUUUUUGCAAUCAAAAAGUUUUUGCACAGGUAAAAGAGGGAUGGAUGCCUUCUUGGUGGUUGAUUUUAUUUGCAUCUUUUGUGUAUUGAGUGGAAUCCAGGACCUUUUUUUUUUCGCUCCAAGCUGUACCUGACUGACUGACCCGCCACCUAACUCUGCCAGCCAAAUAGAUUUCAUUACUGGUGUUGACUUCCA